AUGAAUUUAAACGACUUAAACAAGAAAAGGAAAUUAAAAAUUCACUUUGAUGACUGUGAUUCUCCAACUGCACGCCAAUAUUAAAACUCUAUGAUCUUAAAGCGACCAGUAUUCGGAAUACCACUUAUAAACUAUGAGGAUCCUUUCGAAUAUGAGGAUCCUAUCAAAGAUCUCAUAAAACUUAAGAGAGGUAAUCAUCAUGCUGCCAACCAUCACAUAGCUCAUCUCCUAAAGGAUAAUCAAGAGGACGAAACUCAAGAAAUCUUCUAUCUUUCUGACGAGCAAAUAGCGCUUGAAAGAAAUUAGUGGCACAAAUUGGCAUCAAUCAUAUUUUCUCCUACCAAUGAAAUAAAAAAGUUUAAUGAGUAUGUUGAUAAAAAGAUCUCGAUGGAAGAGAAAUUGCAUAAGUUUCCUUUUAAAGACUUGCAAAUGACUAAAAUAAUAGAAUUUAGACGGAAGCAAGAGAUUAGGAAUUAGGUAAAAAAGCAAAGAACUAGAACUUUGAGGUAGUUAGUUACAAAAUUGAGACCUAGUAAUGUAUCAAAUACUUAAUCAGACAUUGCUAAUCUCAGUCCGUCCCUAAGGAAUAACGCAUAAAAAUUUCAAAGGAGAAUGAGUUUGCAGAGAAAUUCAAGUGGUCUUUAGUUCUUAUAGGGCAAAAACAGCACUACCAAAGCUGAUGACACUUCUCCUAAAGCGAAAUCCAAAUUUAAACCUCCAUCACCCAAAAAAUCGCACUAACUAUAAUUAAUACAAAUGUCUCCUAAUCAAAAAUAAGCGGAUUAGAUCAACCAGAAAAUAUCUUUACUAAUACCCUAAACAUUGCCAAAAAGAAAGUAAAUUAGAAAUCCUUCAUUUCGUGCAAUCAAAUAGCUUAGUGAGGAGUCUGGCUUAGUUGAUUCAAUAUGCUCAAGUCCUAGCAUGAAAUUUUUUGAUGAAGAAAAUCCUAAGAUAGAAUAGUAUAAUAUGGAAAUAGAAGAAGUUAAUAAAUUGAAAUAGAUUUAGAAAAUUAAAAAUAUCAGAAAUAAUACUAAUUUAUAAAAUAGCCCUUAAAGUAUCAAAUGGAUCAAAAAGGUUAUGCAUAACUCCGUUACUAAACUUCAAAAACUCUAGCUACCAGUUUUAAACUAUAAAUAAGAUGCUACGCUUUUUAAUGAAUCAACUUUUUAAACUCAAAUUAAUAAUUAGUCUUAAUACAUGGGUAUAAUAACUUCUGCUAGCAAUAUAAACUUAAAUUAGAACUGGCAUAUUAGACAGAUCUAUAUAAAUAAUAAGCAUCAUUAAUAACAGUUUCUGUCUCCAAAUUAGUCAGGCAUCUAAUUACAGAACUCGGAAAUUGGAUAAUCACCUCAUUCCCAGAAAUCAAGGUAUCAUUCAAAUCUUAAAAUACCAACAGAGAGCAAACCUAAGCAUAAUAGAAGCUCGUUUCUCGACAGAUCUACUAACUUUAGCUCCUACUUUGAUAAAAAUAAUGAUAUUGAAGACAAGAAUAUUGACAUUGGCAAGCAACAUUUACUUGAUUUAAUGAUUUAGAGAAAAAAAUAUUAAGAAAGGGGGGAUAUUAAUUAGAAUAAACUUAUGAUAAAGGGUAUGAUAAAACUUGCUCGAAAUCAAUAGAAAAAAGAGAUGAGUGCUGAUUUCAGAGUUUUUAAUCUCGAUCUUGAAAAAUAGCACAUAUUUGAUCAGUUACCAAUCGAGUAAUCGGUAACCAUAUUUUCCACUCUUUCUUUUUCAUUUAUCUCAAAUACUUAAUAAUUACUUUCUCUUAACUUGAAUGCUAAUAGAUCAGAGGAUGUUGAUCUCUAUGAAAUCGUUAUUCCCAAGGAUAAUGAUUGGAUUAUUAUGAAUGAACUUGGUAGUGCAAACUUUUUGCACUUUAUAGACCUGAAUAAGGAAGAGCAAACACAUCACUUGAGGUACUUUAGCAAUGUGAGAAGAGCUGAAGAAGUAGAGAAGCUCAUCGAAGAGAUUGAGUUGAUCUACUAGAGAUAUAGAGUAGAGAUGAAGCAACCUGCUAAUAUCCAUGAAUUCUUACAUCAUAUUAAGGAAUUUGAGAUCUAAAAGCAAAAAGGAUCUUAGCUACUAUUUAAUGAAAUAGAGAGUGAAGUUAGAGAUAAGGCAAAGUUUUUAAAGUAAUAAACGAAUGGUAUCGAGAAUAUGAUAUCAAGCUACAGAAACUUACUAGCUAGGAUCAAUGUGCUGGCUUAAGCAGCAAGACUUCUAUAGGUAGGCAGUAAUUAUAUGGAUGAUCCUGAAUUUUCGAAUAUUUACAUGCCAAGUCAAAAUCAGAAAGAUAAUCAGAUUGGAGAAUCUUUGUUGGGUGAAAGAAUGCUUAAAAUACAACAUUUCGGAGGUACAAUCAGAAAAUCUGAGCAAAUGUCUUUUAAAAAAUUGAUGUUUAGAUCUACUAGAGGAAAGGCAUAUGUUCAUUUCUUUGAUUUCCAAAUUCCACCUCAAGACAGAAUGAUCCAUGUUAAUGAUCACAAAGAUAAGUUAGUUUAUAUUGUAGUCUUUCAAUAAGGUACCUACUUCACAGAAAAGGUUAAAAAGAUCUGUUAAAAUCUCACCGAAAACCUCUUUGAGCUUUCUAGAGACUCAAUCCCAGAAUAGCUAGUCGAGUGCCAAAGACAAAAAGAGAAUACAAAGAUACUAAUUAAAGAAACUAAAAUGCAACUCAAAGAUUUUUUAAUCAAAAUCAAUACUCUUCAGAAUACCGAAUUUUCUCUCAUCCAAAUCUUCAAAUGGUUUGCUAUAAAAGAAAGAGCGAUUUUUAGUGAGUUAAAUAAACUUAAAUGUCAAGAUAAAAUUCUAGUAGGGCUAUUCUGGUGCCCCACUAAACUAAGAUCACAAUUAGAGGAUAAGGUAAAUGAAAUUAGGCAGUCAGGACAUGUUGAAGGUCCAAAUAUUCAUUUGAUCUAAAAUUAUGACGAAGAUGCUCACAUAAGACCAACUCAUAUUGAGACUAAUGAAGUCACCUGGCCAUUCUAAGAAAUUGUUAAUACCUAUAGUAUUCCUAAAUACAAAGAGAUUAAUCCAUCAAUUUUCGCAAUAGUAUCAUUCCCAUUCCUUUUCGGUGUCAUGUUUGGAGAUAUUAUGCAUGGCGGACUUUUGAUAAUCUUCUCUCUGAUUAUUAUUUUCUCAGACAGGAAGCCUGGUACAGUUUUAGGAGAACUUGGGAGAAUAAGAUAUAUGCUUUUGCUUAUGGGACUAUUUGCUUUUUAUUGUGGUUUCCUCUACAAUGAUUUUACCUCUAUUCCAUUAAAAGUACUUCAAGAAUCUUGCUACGAUAUUACCCAUGGUCAUGGUACAGUUGCUACAAAUGUCUAACUUAAGGAAGAUUGCAUUUACAAGUUUGGUGUCGACCCCUCAUGGUAUCUUGGAAAGAAUGAGUUAGCUUUUAUGAAUUCUUUAAAGAUGAAACUUUCUGUUAUCUUAGGAGUAACUCAAAUGGCCUUAGGAGUGUUCAUGAAGGCAUUUAAUGCAGUUCAAUUUAGAAAGCCUAUUGACUUCAUCUUCGAAUUCAUUCCACAAAUCAUCCUACUUAUUUGUCUUUUCGGAUUUAUGGAUCUACUUAUUGUGGUGAAAUGGCUUACAGAUUUUUCAUAAAUGAAAAAUGCCAAACCUCCCUCUGUAAUCACCUCAAUGAUCACAAUGUGUCUUGGAAUGGGUGAGUAAAAUCCUAAUACCUAUGAAACAGAAGUUUUACCAAAUCAACCAAUGAUAAUGAAAACUUUACUUUUCAUUUCACUUAUUUGUGUUCCUCUCAUGCUCUUUGUGAAGCCUAUACAUGAAAACUACAAAAAUAACCAACAUCACUUUGUUGAGGAAGAAAACGUCAACUACUAUUCAAUUAAUAAUGGCGAUGAUUAAACACAACGUCACUCUCAAUCAUAAAAGAAAUCACAGCAGCACGGCCAUAACUUUAGUGAACUAUUUAUUCAUCAAUUCAUUGAGACUAUUGAGUUCGUUUUAGGUACUAUUUCAAACACAGCAAGUUAUCUCAGACUCUGGGCCUUAUCUCUAGCUCACUCUCAGCUUGCAAAGGUAUUCUUCGAUAAUACAAUCAAGACAGGACUUCAAUCAAACUCAUUCAUAGUUCUAUUCUUGGGCUAUUUCGUUUUCCUUGCUUUUACAAUUUCAGUACUAAUGAUGAUGGAUUUGAUGGAAGUCUUCCUUCAUACUCUGAGACUUCAUUGGGUUGAAUUCUAAAACAAAUUCUACAAAGGAGGUGGAUUGAAAUUCAGUCCAUUCUCUAUCGAAAAUAUACUUGAAGUCGCUGCCUAAAAUACUAAGGUUAAAAUGGCAAUGAACUCUCAAAAUUCAAAUGCUGAAAAGACAAAAUCUCAAUGA